AUGGUCGAUGCCACGGCUACCAAUCCUGAUUGGUUGUUACCAGCUUUGCGUGCUGCGGCAAAGUGCACUCUUUUGCAGGCCACCUACCUGGCACUCCGCGGACAAGCUGAAGAAGCUGCUGAUUUGCUUAACCGACUCGUAAAGGCUCAUGACGCUACUGAUGGAAUGAUCGCUAGCCCUGUUGUAAAGAUGAAUGCACUCGUAAAGACAGCUUGUCUUGCUAUGACUGUAAACCAGGUAGGCUCAGGAUUGGAAGUCGAUUUUAUCUAA